UUUUGCCCCAGCCAGUGCUUUGAUCUGCCUCUUCCUCCUCAGAUUGUCUUCUUCCGGUGGGAAGGGAGAUCCAUGGUGAUGAUGGGGCAGCUGGGGAAGCUGGUCGACGGGCUCAGGUCCAAGAUGCGGGCCGGCGUCGGCGGAAAGAAGGCGGCGGCGGCGGCGUACGAGCAGAUGGGCAAGACGGACAGCAUGAGGGUGGAGAUCAAGAGCCGGCAGGCGCAGAAGCUCAUCGCCAAGAACCUCGUCGCCGCCGACUCCAUGGGCCGCCGCAGGAGCAGGAACAAGCGCUUCUUCCUCACCUUCUGAUCACCAGAGCAAGCCGCCCGUCUUCUUCUUCUUCACAAAGAAGAGCUGUCCUGCCCAUGUCCUAACCCGUGAGGCUUAUUUAGUGCUAGGCUGUUGGCAUAAAUUGUAUGAGUAUGUGUCAUUUGCUCAGCAGUACAUGAGAUGUAUGUGUCCGUACGUACGUACAAGUACCAGGUGUAUAUACGUACAAGUUGUGUUCAGUCUUGCGGAAUGGCUUUACGUACGGUUUCAUUAUGUAAGCUGUUCCUUUCCAAGGACAAACUUAAGAGAACAUGUGACAUGCGCCCAAGAAGUACAGCGGUGGAAUACACAUGAAUACUUGUCCA